GGUAUAUAAUAGUUGACGUGAGGCAGGGGAUCGGUGAUCAAGAGGAUGAGGACGACGAAGAGUGGUGUAGUGCUAAUAGCGGCGGUAGUUUUCGCAAUAUGGGUUUGUGCUGUGGCUAAGGACUGUAACAACGUUUCUCCGCCGCAGGCAUCGCACACCUACCGAUAUCACAUGCAGAUAUCAAAAAAUGAUUCGUGGAAACAAGAAAUGACUGCAAAUUACCACCAAACACAUGUCACCCCUACAGAUGAAUCCGCUUGGGUCAGCUUGCUUCCCAGGGCCAGAAAAACUCUGAAAGAUCCCUCCCCAUACGAGUGGGAAGCGGUCUAUAGAAGACUCAAGAAGCAGGGUGACUUUUCCCCUCCCCAAGGUUUUCUCAAACCCGUGUCUCUGCACGAUGUCAGGCUGCAUAACGACUCAGAUCAUCAUUCUGCCCAGAACACUAACCUCCAAUACCUCCUGAUGCUUGACAUCGAUCGACUGAUCUGGAGCUUCAGGAAAACUGCUGGUUUGCCCACUCCUGGGCACCCUUAUGCCGGCUGGGAGGCCCCUUCUGUUGAGCUCCGGGGUCAUUUUGUCGGUCAUUAUUUGAGUGCAUCUGCUCAAAUGUGGGCCAGCACUCACGAUCAAGUUCUGUGGGACAAGAUGUUGGCGGUUGUUGGCAAUCUGUCGCUAUGUCAGAAGAAAAUUAAUACUGGCUAUCUCUCUGCGUUUCCAGUCGACUUCUUUGAUCGUCUUGAGAGCGGCAAAUUCGUGUGGGCUCCGUAUUACACCAUUCAUAAGAUCAUGGCGGGGCUGGUGGAUCAGUACGCAUUCGCGGGGAACGAUGAAGCUCUGAAGAUGGCGACGUGGAUGGCCGAUUACUUCUAUAACCGUGUCACCAAUUUUGUCGGGAACCACACCCUGCCCAGCUUCUAUGAUCUGCUGAAUGAAGAAUUUGGAGGAAUGAAUGAUGUCCUUUACAGGAUAUACAACAUCACCGGGGACUCCAAGUAUCAGACCUUGGCUCACUUGUUCGAUAAACCUUGCUUUAUGGGCUUACUGGCAACGCAGUCCGGUGAUAUAUCCGAUCUUCAUUCAAAUACUCAUAUCCCGAUCGUUGUUGGAGCUCAAAUGCGGUUUGAAAUUGUGGGCGACCCGCUUUAUCAGGAAAUAGCAACAUACUUUUUGGAUCUCGUUAACUCUUCACACGCAUAUGCAACUGGAGGAACUUCGGUAUCUGAGUUUUGGAAAUUGCCGGAUAGAAUGGCCGAAGUUCUAGGCACUGAAAAUGAAGAAUCCUGCGCAUCGUACAACAUGUUGAAGGUUGCUCGCAAUCUAUAUAGAUGGACAAAAGAUGUAUCAUAUGCUGACUAUUACGAGCGUACAUUGACGAAUGGAGUGCUGGGCAUACAAAGAGGAACAGAACCUGGAAUUAUGAUAUAUUUUCUCCCACAAGGUCGUGGUGUUUCCAAGGCCAGAUCAGUUCAUGGUUGGGGCAAUCAAUUUGACUCCUUCUGGUGCUGCUACGGCACCGGAGCUGAAUCUUUCUCUAAAUUAGGAGAUUCUAUUUAUUUUGAAGAAGUAGCCAGAGAUCCCACUCUUUACGUCGCUCAAUACAUAUCUAGUACUUUAAACUGGAAGGCUGCCAACUUGGAACUCGAUCAAAUUGUUGCUCCUUAUUCUUCAUCGGAUCCUUUCUUGCGCGUCACCUUCACAUUUUCUCCCCGUCAGGGAAAAGUCCCGUCUUCUACAUUGAACCUCCGAAUACCGACAUGGACGCACGCGAAUGGCUCUAAUGCCUUACUUAACGGCAAGCCUUUAUUAAACCAGCAAGUUAAUGGAGGGUCAUAUUUGUCGGUGACGAGAAAGUGGAGCGCUGGUGACAGUCUCACCCUUAGUUGGCCCAUCACCCUGAGAUCAGAACACGUGAAAGAUAACAGUCCGCAGUAUAGUUCAGUUCAUGCGAUUCUUUAUGGCCCAUUCCUGCUAGUGGGUCAUACCAUUAUGGAUCAAUGGGAUCUCAAAGUUGGGCCGAAUAAGGAACCAGAGGAUUACAUGACUGCAAUCCCCGCCACUAACAACAGCCACCUGUUCACGUUCGCUCAAGACUCGAGGAAAUCACGUUUCGUAUUGACGAAUCUGAACCUGGGUGCCAACGUGUCCCUGACAAUGGAGAAAGUACCUGAAGCCGGCGCCAUUAAUGCCACCCAUUCGACCUAUAGACUGGUGUUGCUGGACAAAGGCCCGUUUGCAAGUCUCGCGGAUGUCAUUAACAAACGCGUCCUGAUCGAACCGGUUCAUCUUCCCGGGCAGCGCUUGAUGCAUCAAGGACCAGAAAACACUUUUGAGAUUGUGGACUCCUCUACUGGUCUGGCAUCUUCAGUGUUCCGAGUGGUUCCAGGAUUGGACAGACGUAAUGGCACCGUAUCCAUAGAGUCCGUCAACGAAGAGGGUUGCUAUUUGUACAGCGGCGUCGACUAUAAUGAAGGUCAAGACGUGACGCUGAGAUGCAAGUCUGGUUCAUCUCAUCACAGUACUACCUUUAACCAGGCUGCCUCUUUCGUCGCUGUCAAGGGCCUCAAGGAGUACCAUCCCAUUAGCUUUAUUGCUAAUGGCUUCAACAGGAACUACCUCAUGGAGCCCAUUCACUCCUUUAGAGAUGAACUUUACACCUCCUACCUCAAUAUUUAUCCUUAGCUUGAUUAGGAUUCUAGCCGUGGUCCAUAGAUAAAAUUGUAGUUUGUUUUAUUUAGGUUUCUGUUUGGAUAAAAUUUAUUUGAUGUUUUCAAGAGUUUUUUAACAAAACAAAAUAAAUAAAUGAACUAGUAAAUGGAUUCUUUUAUUCUUUUAUGACUUGUAAUUG